AUUUGAAUAUUAAGUCAUCCAAAACAAAAUCCAAUCAUCAUCAGCAGCAGCAGCAACAACAGCAUCAUAACAACUAUCAUCAAAAACAAAGAAAUUCUCCAUCACCAAAAAAAUCAAUAAUCAAUAAACUAUCACCAAGUGAAAUCGAUAGAAAUAAAUUACAAAAUUCUCAUUAUAUAACUAAUUUAUCACCAAAAUUAUCUUUGGAACAAAAAUUAAUCAAGACAACAGAGAUUAUCUCGUCUACAAUAGAGAAUAUAUUACCAUUAUCAACAACAAUAACUUCAUCUGGUAUACCAAUGCCACGUCAAUUAAAUUUAUAUCAACAAUCUAAUAUGAAUUCAUAUCAUAUGUCAUCAUCAUCAUCAUCAUCGUCUUCAAAGAUUAAAGAAUCCCCAACAAAAAUCGAUCGUAUUCCAUAUAUGAAUUAUCCAAUUCAAAAUCAAUCAACUUUAGAUAAUCAUUCAAUUAAUAAUACAACUUGUCAUAUGAAUAUGAAUAGUAUAGAUAAUACAUAUCAAACAACUAAUAUUCAACCACGUAUAACAUUAAGUCAAUAUUAUCAUAAUAAUAAUACUACUACUACUACUACUACUACUACUACUACACAGAAACAAUAUCCAUAUUCAAUAAACUAUAAUCAAUCAAUAACAUGUAUGAAUAAAUUAUCUGGAAAUAUUAUACAUACUAGUACUAGUACUAGUACUACUACUCCUACUCAUCCACAUACUACUACUACGACGACGACGAUGGCUACGACUACGACUACACCAAUGAAUAUUCAUCAACAAAAUACAAACCAAACUUUAAAACAAAUAACUACAUCUCAAGAAAUAUCAUCAUCAAUGAAUUAUUCACCUUCUCUACCACCGCCGCUGCCUCAUCAUCAUCAUCAUCAUCCUUCACAUUAUCAUCAACAUCAACAUCAACAUCAUUCUAUCCAAUAUCCAAAUACAUUUAUCUCGGGAACAAAUGAAUUUCAACAUCCAAUUACACCAGAGCAAUCUCAUUCAAUCAAUUCAAUAUCAACAAGCACAAUACAACCAUUAAUGUCUAAUUAUCUUCAUGAUACACGACGUUAUAUGACAGGAAACAGUAUAUUUGAACAAAGGACUGAUCAACAACAACACUUUCAACCUACCCGGCAAACUCAUCAAUCCCAUCAUCAAACAAUACCGCUUCAAUCAAAUUCACACAUUAUCAAAACUGGUAUUCCUUAUUCAAAUGAUACUAAUAUUAUUUGUUCUACAGUUAACCAAUCAAUACCCAUAGGUCUACCACCACCACCACUACCGCUCACACAAUGUACACAAAUACACAAUCAUCAAUCCACUGUAAACAUACAACAAUACUCACCAAUAAUACAACCAUUUGUUCCACCGAUUUCAUAUCGUCCAGCUACUCAAGCGCCGAAUUCCAAUUUUAUGUCAGUUACACACUGUAAUUAUUCAAGUGUAACAAAUGCUGCUCCUACUGUUGCCAUAACGACGACCACCACCACUACUACUACUACUACUAUUUCUACUAUCAAUGGUAUAACUACAACUACGAUUAUAAACAAAAAUAAUGCAGUUAUAAGUCGUCGUGUUAUAAUUCAAGAGACAAAUCAAGCUCAAAAUGUAUCUAAUCAUCAAUCCAUGCAUUCAGUACAGCAAGUUAAUAAAACAUCAUUGAUAACAAAAACUAGACAAGAAAUGAAUGCAGCUACUACUAGCAGUAGUAGUACAUCAACCAAUCUGACAUAUAAAUAUUUGCCUAAUAUAUCGUCUCAAACACAAAAUGUGAAAGAAGCUAUCCAACCUUCAUCAGAAACUACUCAUUCAAAUUAUUAUCAUUCUCAAUCCGGUACACUUAAUCCUAUCCAAUCUACUGAAAUAAUUACAACAGAGACCACAUCAUCAGGAUUAACAUCACCAACUCUAUCAGUAAUCAAUAUAGAACAACAAUCAUAUCAUAGAAGUUUAAGUAAAAAAUCCAUAGACAAUACAGAACAACGUCGUAAAGCUCGUGAAUUAUAUGUUGCUUUAAAACAACGUUAUCCAUCAACUAAUCAUAAUAACACUAUGAAUAAUGAUUCUGUAAAUCCACAUCGUCGUCAUCAUCAUCAUCAUCGUCAACAACACCAUCUUAAUAAUGAUGAUGAUGAUAAUAAUGAUAAAAUACAAACAUCUGAUAUGAAAACUAUUCUAAAACCAAAUCAGAAUAAUGAAACGAACCAACAUAGAAAUAACACAUUGAUUACUCAAUCCAUUGAACAAACUAAUACAAAUCCAAUAACUAUACAAACAUUACAACAAUCGAAUACUUUAACUGAUGAUAAUCUAUCAAAAAAUAAUCAAUUAAUAAAUCAAUAUUAUUCAGAAAGUAAUUUACAAUUAAUCCCAUCAAAAUCCAAUGAGAUUCAUCGAAAUAAUCUUGAUCCACAACAACACUACCACCACCACCACCACCAACAGCAACAACAACAACAACAGCAACUUCCACAACAACAACAACAUGAACAGCAACAUCGCCAACAACAACAGCAACAGCCUCAACAACAGCAGCAACCUCAACAACAACAACAACAACAACAGCAAUUACAAUCCAAUCCAUGUGUAUCAGAGAAAGUUGAUCUAUAUAAAAGUAAUUCAUUACAAUCUGAUUUCAUGAAUAAAAAGUUUCAUCCAUCCGAUAAUAAUAAUAAUCAUCAUCAUCAUCAAAUGAAUCGAAUCUAUUGUGGUUAUCAAUCAGAUAGUGGAAUAGAAUGUAUUAAUUUACCAAUUCAUAAUAUAAAUUUCACAUUACCAUUACAAACAAAACAAUCAAAUAUGAAUGAUCCAUUACAUCAUACUAAUAUAAUUGGAUCAUUGCCAAGAAAUUUACAUAAUCCUUAUUCUAUGAUAUAUCAAUCAAAGAUGUUAAAUUUUAGUUCUAUGAAAUCAUCUAUUCAUCAAAUUGAUGUUCAUCAUGAACAACAACAAUCUCAACAACAGGGAAGAGGAGUUGGAGGAGGUGGUGGUGGUGGUGGUUGUGGUGGUGGAGACGAAGAAGAGAAUCUAGGCAAUUAUGCACGUCGUAUGCAUGAACGAUUACAAGAAGGUAUGAGAGAAGCGCAAGAAUCAUUAUGGAUGCCUGAUUUACCAGAAUUAAAUAGGAUGAAUCGAUUAAGUGACAGUUCAUCAAUGAAUAAUAAUGGUAAUAGUAAUUCAUCAACCGCACAAUUAUCUGAUGGAAUGACAAAUUUAAGUUCAAGUAUCGAUAGAAAAAAACAAACAAUCAUGAAAAACAUCAAAACAGAACCUCCAAUUCAAUUCAAUGAAAAACAUUCUUACAUGGACAAUUGUUUAUUACCAUCAUCUUCAACACCACCAUCAUCCUCAACACCACCAUCACCAUCAUCAACAUCAACAUCAGUAUCACCAUCAUCACCAUCACCAUUCAUUAACUCUAUAAACAAUAAUAAUAAUAAUCAUUCUGAUUAUUCUAUUCAUAAACAAUCGAAUAGUUAUUCCCCUUUGAAUUCAAGAUUUUAUUGGUGUCAUAAAUUACAUAAUAAUCAACCAAUCAUAAACAAUUUCCAUUUACAAUCCCUUAGUAACAAUAAUAAUAAUAAUAAUAAUGAAUAUACUAAUAUGGAUAUAAAAAAUGGUGUAUGUUCAGAUGUGGAAGAUUUAUUAAAUCAACAUGAAAGACGAUUAAUGUCCAUUUCAGGAACUGAAAACGAUAAGAAAACCAAUGAAUUAACACGAUUCAACUCAGCUUCAGAUACAGAAGAAUUUCUUUCUAAUGACUAUAGAAUUCAAGCAUCGAUAAGAGCUAUGAAUUAUGGUUACAUGGGAUGUGAUCCAAUUCAACCUUCAACAUAUAAUUGGUUACGUAAAGUGAAUAACAAUGAAACUGUUGGAGAUGGAUUGCAUAAUCGUUAUUUUAUUCCACCAAGAUUAUGUAAUCUAGAUUCUAGUAUAAAUCAGUCAGAUAAACUUGUUUCCGCAUCGAGUAUAUCACAACAACAAAGUUUACUGACAAGAGCAAGACGACGACAAAUUGACGGUAGAUCAUUAUCAUCGUCUAUCGCAAAGCAUGAUGAUGCUGAAAGAAUUUAUGGAAUUGUUCCAUUAUCACCAUCUUAUUUAUAUAAUCAAUUUAUGCCAUCUACUGGUUUAAUGAUUAAAGGAAUGAUGAGUAAUAGUAGUAGCAGUGGUAAUCGAACUAAUCAAGAUAAUGAGAUAAAUUUACCAGGAACUAUAAGUGCACCACCUGGAACACCAAUUAAAUUACCAUAUGCUGCUCCAGCCAGUCUAAUUGGUACAACAUCUGGCUUUAGUUGCCCAGAAUCUGGUUCACAAAUAAUCAGUGGAUUUGGAGUGAAUGGUUCAAGGCUAUCGCUUACUUCAAAUGGAUCUUGUGUAUCUACGGUAGAGGAAAAACAAGCUGAAGAAAUACAAAAACUUAAACGUAAACUUGAACAAGCUGAGAAAAAAGUUAGUGAAUUAACAACACAAUUAACAACGAAUGCUCAUGUUGUCUCAGCUUUUGAACAAAGUUUAAACAAUAUGUCACAACGACUACAGAAUUUAUCAAAUACCACAACAAGGAAAGAUUCAGAACUACAUGAAUUAAGAGCAACAAUUGAUGCAUUACGUAGUCAAACAGAAUUAGGACUAUUAAAAAAACCGCCAAUUAAUCGACCUUGUGAAUUGAAUAGAUCAUUUACUAAUGAUACAUUGAAACAACAAGAAAAUUCAUGCAUUUCUACUACUACUACUACUACUACUACUACUACUCUACUUCUACCACUACUAUUAUUACUACUAAUACUACU